UCAGUCGUUUCAAGUUACAUCUAUCAUUGCGUCAUAUGUCGUAAAUUGCGAGGAAGAGUACAAGAACAGAAAAUGUCAGAACUUCCUGAAGAUCGAUUAGAGCCUGCGCCUCCCUUCACAUAUUGCGCUGUUGAUUGUUUUGGACCAUGGACUAUUAAGGAAGGAAGAAGCGAACGAAAGCGUUAUGGUGUAUUAUAUACAUGUAUGACUAGUCGAGCUGUUCACAUAGAAAUUGCGAAUAGUUUGUCAACAGACUCAUUUAUUAACAGUUUGCGUCGAUUUAUUGCUAUUCGCGGUCCUGUACGUCAGUUACGUUCGGAUAACGGCACCAAUUUUGUUGGAGCAAAAAGAGAAUUAUCUGAGCUUAUUCAUAAGAUCAAUCAUGAUCAUGUUAGACAAUAUUUGUUAGAAAAUGGUUGCGACUUUGUUUUCAAAAUGAACAUCCCUGCUGCGAGUCAUAUGGGCGGAGUUUGGGAACGCCAAAUAAGGUCAGUGCGAGCUGUUCUCUCUACGCUUAUGAUGCAGUCUGGAACACAGUUAGAUGAUGAAUCUCUUCGUACUUUUAUGUAUGAAGCUGCAGCAAUUGUGAACAGUCGUCCCUUGACUGUAGAUACUCUUAAUGAUGUCACAUCUUUAGCACCUUUGACACCUAAUCAUUUGUUGACUAUGAAGACUAAGAUUAUAUUACCACCUCCUGGAGAAUUUCAAAAGGAAGACGUUUAUUCUAAAAAGCGAUGGCGUCGUGUGCAGUAUAUGGCCAAUGAGUUUUGGACACGGUGGAAACGCGAAUUUCUACAAAAUCAACAAGUGCGCUCUAAAUGGAAUGAUUCUAAACGUGAAAUUUGUAACGGUGAUAUUGUUCUUCUGAUAGAUGAUAGUCUUCCGCGAAACCAAUGGUCAGUGUGUCGUGUUGUUGAAACAUAUCCCGAUGCGGACAAUCAUGUGCGUAAAGUAAAGCUUUACAUUGGUAAUAAAUAUUUAAAUUCUGAUGGAAAAUGUGUAAUUCCGCCUGUAUAUUUAGAACGUCCAGUACAGAAAUUAGUUUUACUUCUUGGACUUGAAGACCAGGGAAAUCCCCGCCAAGGAGCCAACUGAACUGUCUUUUUAAAAUUAGAACUCUCUUUAUUAAGUUCGUUGAAAUAUUGAAUAUGUAAUAGUUAGGUUGUUAUGUUUUUUGUUGAAAAUCAGCAUACUAAUUUUGAGGAGCCAUGUAACAAUUGUCGUCUUGCCGUAGUGUUGCGAUUGAAUGAAUGCAUAAUCAAGUAUAGACCGUAUGACUUACUAGAGGGGUAGCUAUUGGGAGCAUCAAUUGUUUACAUUCUAUGGUUUCCUAAUUAUAUUUUAUAUCCGAAGUAUAGAUAUGUUUAUUAGUAGAUUCUAUAUAUUAGAGUAAAUAUUAAAUACGUACAUAAUUAUUCAGUUAAUCAAAUUAUGAUUAUAAAUAUUUGGUUCGAAUUUGUAUGUGUAAUUUAUUAGUUACUCCUAUAAAUCGUGGUCUUUCGUCUGGGAUCAAGCAUGGCAGCCAAAUUUGUGCGUUGCGGAAAGGGGUGAAGUCAAAAAGUUUUCACAUAUGUGUAUUGUGUGUAUGUUCAACUUGAUAUUCAUCAUAUAAUCAACUUAGAAUUGUCUGUCAACUAAAUGAUGAUAUAAAGAGAAUUCAUUGAACCCUAAAA